AUGAGGAUGAGGAGCUCCCGGAGAGCACCUGCAGGCUGCUGCAUUUCCGCAGCGUCGACGGCUUCUGCACCGUGGACGAGGCAGAGGGGGAAAUUUGGGGCUGGGGGCGGCCGGGGGCUGGGGCAGGAGCAGCAGCAGCAGCCUGUGCCUGGCCAAGUACCUGCUCUCCGUGCUGGGGGGGCCCUUCUGCGCCGCCGUCCGCAGGGACAGGGACGCCUGGAUGGGGGCUCAGCGGCCAGCCCUGGGGGGCUGACGGCUUGGAGGCGCGGGGAGGGAGCCCCCCAGCUCUGUGACGUUUGCCAGCGCCGCUUCUUCAAUUCCCACUGGAGCUGCGCCGCCUGCGGCUUCCAGCAGUGCCCCCAGUGCCACCAAGGCCAGCAGGAGGAGGACGGGCACGGGCACCCGGCACGGCCGCGGCACUGCGCCCCGGGGCAGGAGCACGCCCCAGCAGCCCUCAUCCCCACGCAGUUCGUCCCCACUCACGUCCUGGCCCGGCUCUGGCAGCAGCUGCACGAGGUGUGCGCCAAAUUCGACGUCAAGUGGCACUGCCCCUGCGGGGACGGGGACACCGAGCAGGGGGCUGCGGAGCCCCCCGGGGGCAGGCAGGAGAAGCUGGGGAGCGUGGCCCCCCCCCUCGUGCCCAGCACCAACGGCGAAACCACGGCCAGAGCUAUCAAGGAAGAGAGCCCCGAGGGGGGGUCACCAUCACCGCCGGGGCCACCGCCGCCCCCCCGGGGGGCCGUGCAGACCGCCACCCUCUGCGACCUCCUCGCCUCCACCGCCGUCAAGCUGUGCCUGGGGCGCAACGGGGUGCGCAUGGCCUUCGCCCCCGUCGCGCCCCCGUUGCCCAGCGACAAUCGGCUGACCAGCAUCCUGGACAGCAUCAUUGCCCGCGUGGUGGAGAGGAAGAUUCAGGAGAGGCACGCGGGCUGCGAGCUCAGCUGCCCCGGCCCCCCCAACCCCCCCGGGACCCCCGGGACCCCCUCUUCCCACUGCAUCCUGGCCCUGGGGGGGCUGCUGUGGCUGCAGGACCCCGGCCACGCCACCAAUUACCGCCUCUUCCAGGAGCACUGGCGGCAGGGCCAGCCCGUCCUGGUUUCAGGGCUGGAGAAGAGGCUGGACGGGAGGCUGUGGGGGCCCGAAUCCUUCCGCCCCCCCGGAGGGGAGCAGGAGGUGGAGGCGGUGAACCUGCGGGCGCAGCCGCGGCGCGUCAGGAUGGGCAGCGGGCGUUUUUGGGACGGCUUCGCCGCCAGCCCGACCUGCCCGGUGCUGGAGCAGGGCACCGGGGACAUGUUGAAGCUGGAAAGUGGCUUUGGGGACAUGCAGCUGUGCCGGGCCACCAACCUGAGCUCCAGCUUGCCUCUGCCUGAGUACUGCGGCCCCCACGGCCGCCUCAACCUGGCCUCCUACCUGCGGGGUGAGCGGGGCCGCCGCUGGCUGCGCCCCCGCGUGUGCGCGGCGUACGGCGUGAGGCCCCGGGGUGGCAGCAUCGGCACCAAGAACCUGACGGUGGAGGCAGCCGACACCAUCAGCGUCCUGGUGCACGCCGCGGCGCGGCACGAGCUGGAAGCCGAGGAGGAUGGCAUGGACGAGCUGCUGCAGGAGAGGCUGCGGGGUGCCGGCAGCCGCCCCGGCGCCCUGUGGCACAUCUUCCGCGCCGAGGACGCCGGCCGCAUCCAGGAUUUCCUGCACAAGGUGGACCAAGAGCAGGGGGGGCCCGCAGAGGACCCCCCCGGGGGGCUCUACCUGGACUCGGAGCUGCGGCGGCGGCUGCGGGAGGAGUGCGGGGUGAGCGCCUGGACCCUGCUGCAGUGCCUGGGGGACGCGGUGCUGGUCCCCGCCGGGGCUCCGCACCAGGUGCAGAACCUCAGCAGCACCAUCAGCGUGGAGCAGCGGUUCCUGUCCCCGGAGAGCGCUGCCCGCCUCGGGGACAUCAGGCACCGGUCCCCCGGAGGGUGGCACGCUGGCUCCAAGGCUCAGGUGGGUGACAUUUGGGGACCCGGGACGGGGGUCCCCGGGGUGGCUGCGUGGUGCUGAGCCCCCCAUGCGUCCUUGCAGCUGGAUGGCAUGAUCCUGGCCGCCGUGAGGGAGGCCGUGGGCGUCCUGCAGGGCUGCAAGUGAGGCGGUGGCACGGCACCGGGAUGCCCAAGGCAGCGCCGUGCCCGUCCCCUGCUGCGCCGCCCGGUGCUGCUUGCUUGGUGCUGCUUUGCUCUGCCAGGAAUAAAGAAAAAGGGUCGGCUGCGCCGCCA